AUGAAGGUUAUUUGUGUAGGGCUGCAAAAAACCGGCACCAAAUCAAUUUGCACAGCUUUAAGGUAUCUUGGAUUCACAGUGUUUGACUGGGAAGAACAAAUAUUCGACUUUCUAGAUCACUGGGUCGAUGUCUUCCAAAAUGGCGCUCAGCCAGAUGUGAAGAGAGUCUACCAUAACGCUGAUGCCGCCUUGGAUAUACCCGCAAAUUUCUUCUGGGAGAAAAUAUUAGAAGCUUUUCCCGACUGUAAAGUGCUUUUGAGCGAAAGAGAAGAGGAUUCCUGGGUAAAAAGUUUUGUAAUCCCUAACCUUUCAUAUACCUGA